AUGAAUUGUUUACCAAGAUACGUUGUCCAUCUACUUGAUUUAUCUGAUGAGUUAAUUUUAGCUAUUAUGAAUCAAGUCAAACCUCAUGUGUUGUUACUUUGUUCUAUUGUUUCUAUUGGUAACAAUCGUUUGGAACAACUUGCACUGGAUAAAUGUCAAUCAAUAGAUUUAACUUUUGAUUAUCUUCAAUCACUACAUGAAUCACUUUUUCAAAGAUUUUAUUCACAUGUUCUGCCUCGUAUCUUCAAUAAUAUUCAAUCAUUAACACUGCAUAUUCAACAUCUUCAUAAUAUUCUCACUUUUAUUGAAAAAAAUUCUGAUAAAAGUUUUCCAAAUUUCACACAUUUGAGGAUAAUGCCUUGUAAGCGAAAUCCUAAAACAGGAACGCCAUAUACACUAGAUUGCAUUUGUUUACUCAAACAAUUGGGUCAACAACUCGAUUCAUUUAUUGUGAGUAUUGUAUAUGUUGAUGGUACCGAAUUACGUCUUAUGUUUAAAAUAUCAUCGAUUUUAUGUCCAAAUUUGAAACAUUUGUCAAUGACAAUCUAUCGGAAUUUUGAUGAUUAUAAAAAAUGUUUUGUACCUCUUCUACAACGAUUGUCAAAUGUUAAAUUUUUAACAUUAUUGUUAGCUAUUGGUGAAACAGGAAAGACACCAAAUCAUUUUAUUGAUGGAUAUGAUUUAGAGAAUGAUAUUAUUGCAUACAUGCCUCAUUUAUGUCAAUUUAAUUUUCAUAUUCGUUCUAUAUUAGAGAAUGCUCCUCAUGUUGAGCUUGAUACAAUUCGUCAAAGUUUUUUUCGACAACAAUCUGUUAAUUGUGCAGUUAACUAUUUCAAUAAUAACUAUGGUCAAUGUCAAAUCUAUUCACUUCCAUUCAUUGGUACUCGUCUUGACUUUAUUUUCAAUCGAUUUCCACUCUUUGAUAUUACUAAUACAUUCUGUAUGGUUACUACAUUAUUACUUUUCGAUGAUAUCGAACCAUUCGAAAGUAUUUUUUUUGAACGUCUAGCUCAAGCUCUACCUCAUCUCAGAACACUCGAAAUAAUUAAUAAACGUGAACAAAAAGAUAAGAUAAGAACAACGACAAAUAAUCUUAAGUUUUCUCAUUUAACUACACUAAUUUUAUUUGAUAUUCAUAUGAAUUACGUUGAACAAUUACUUUCUCGAACUUAUCUUCCUUCUUUAAAUGAACUUGCCAUUUGUAACGAUAUACUAUUAGCAAUAAUCAAUCAAAAUCAACAUCAAACAAGAGAUAAUUGUUCUAGAGUGGAAAGAUUACAAACUUCUGAACCGUUGUAUAACUCAGUAAAUGUUGUUCAAAACUAUUUUCCAUCAGAUUCUUAUUUAAAACAGUUGGUAGAAAAACAAUAA